GCUCCUCUCCGCUCGGGCUCCCGCGCCGUGCUGCAGUGCCGGGUCCGGGGAGGGGCCGCGUCCUUCCUCCAGACAAUUGAUUGUCGGGGAGGGAAGAAGGCUGGAGCGCCGGAGCUGCUGCACACCUGUCACACCGUGGAGCCUGAUUUAUACCUGGAGCUGGACGAACCUCCUCGGGGCUUUUCUGGAGCACUUUAAAGGGGGAUAUCCUCUUCGAGAACCCAGGAGAAGAGGACAAGAGCUUCAUGCAAUUCCCUUCCUCUCCCCCAUGUGAAUAUUCCUGCAACAUAUAUAUCGUGCUUAUCCUUCUCCAUUCAACUGCACCUUUUACCUGGCCGGAGCGGCUCAGAUCAUGUCAGCUAAGCUUCUAGUGGCUUUCUUCCUCCUCUCUGUAUUCCAAGCCUGUUCUAGGAAGGUUGAAGAAGAUGAAUAUGAAGAUGUAACAGCUAACCAAAAAUGGGUAUUAGCUCCAAAAGCACAAGACACAGAUGUGACUCUCAUACUAAACAAGUUGCUGAGAGAAUAUGACAAAAAACUACGGCCAGAUAUUGGAAUAAAACCAACUGUUAUUGAUGUUGACAUUUAUGUUAACAGCAUUGGCCCGGUAUCAUCAAUAAAUAUGGAAUACCAAAUUGAUAUAUUUUUUGCCCAGACCUGGACAGACAGCCGCCUUCGUUUCAACAGCACCAUGAAAAUACUGACUCUGAACAGCAAUAUGGUUGGCUUGAUUUGGAUACCAGAUACAAUCUUCCGAAAUUCCAAAACAGCAGAAGCUCACUGGAUCACAACACCCAACCAGCUCCUGAGAAUAUGGAAUGAUGGGAAAAUCUUGUAUACUCUAAGGCUUACCAUCAAUGCAGAAUGCCAGCUGCAGCUACAUAAUUUCCCAAUGGAUGAACAUUCUUGCCCGUUGAUAUUCUCUAGUUAUGGCUAUCCUAAAGAAGAAAUGAUUUACAGAUGGAGAAAAAAUUCUGUUGAAGCUGCUGACCAGAAGUCUUGGAGACUCUAUCAGUUUGACUUCAUGGGUCUCAGAAACACUUCAGAAAUUGUAAAGACCUCUGCAGGUGAUUACGUAGUCAUGACAAUCUACUUCGACUUAAGUAGAAGAAUGGGAUACUUCACUAUCCAGACAUACAUUCCCUGUAUAUUAACUGUUGUUCUUUCCUGGGUGUCAUUCUGGAUUAAAAAAGAUGCCACACCAGCAAGAACAGCAUUAGGUAUCACCACAGUAUUGACCAUGACAACUUUGAGUACCAUUGCAAGAAAGUCUUUACCUCGCGUCUCCUAUGUCACAGCCAUGGAUCUUUUUGUGACUGUGUGCUUUUUAUUUGUCUUUGCUGCUCUGAUGGAGUAUGCAACCCUCAAUUACUACUCAAGCUGCAAAAAGCCAACCUGUACCAAGAAGAAAAAGUCGCUACCUGAUGUCAGUUUUGGUCAUAUGAUGAACUAUUCUGUACUUGAUAUGAGACCACCACCUACAGUCAUCACAUUGAACAAUGCCAUGUACUGGCAAGAAUUUGAAGAGGCUUGUGUCUAUGAGUGUCUGGAUGGGAAAGACUGCCAGAGCUUUUUCUGUUGUUACGAAGAAUGUAAAUCAGGUUCAUGGCGGAGAGGACGAAUUCACAUAGACAUCUUAGAAUUGGACUCCUAUUCAAGGGUCUUUUUUCCUACAUCAUUCUUGCUGUUUAACCUGGUCUACUGGGUUGGAUACCUCUACCUUUAA